AUGAGUAUAGACAAUUCACCAAGUGAGAGCGUACUCGAAAGUCAAACGCCAGACCGCGUGGACGAAUCAGUUCUCGUCAAAACUGGGGAUCCCGAGAAAGAUGCCGAAAACGAUGCCGAAAAGGAUGCCGUCCCAAGCCGGGACAUCGUAGGCUUCCGCUGGUUCCUCGUCUGUGUCGCCGUUUUCUCUGCCAACCUACUCUAUGGACUGGAUAAUACCAUUGUGGCAGAUAUCCAAGGUCCCAUUGCAGGCGACUUUGACGAGUACACGCGGUUAGGUUGGCUCGGAGUGGGUUUCACCUUGGGAUCGGUAGUGUUUAUUCUCCCGCUGGGCAAAGCUUAUGCCAUCUUCGAUACAAAAUGGCUCUUUCUCGGCUGUUUGACCAUGUUUGCUGCCGGUAGUGCCCUCUGCGGUGGUGCUCCCAGUAUGAAUGCCAUCAUUGUCGGACGUGUGUGGGCAGGAGCCGGAGGAGCAGGCAUGUAUCUGGGAAAUCUGAACCUAAUCACCAUCUUGACCACUCCCACGGAGCAGCCUGUGUACGUGGGCCUGGUUGGCUUAAUCUACGGCACCGGUUGUAUCCUGGGUCCCAUCAUUGGUGGAGCCUUUUCCGACAGUUCAGCCACAUGGCGAUGGUCAUUUUAUCUCAAUCUGGUCAUCUUCGGAGCCAUGAUGCCCAUCUAUAUUUUCCUCCUGCCGUCCCUGCCACGCCCUGCGGGUAAAGGCCGCAGCUUCAUUAAGAAGCUUUUGGGGCUGGACUGGGUGGGCACAGUCCUGUCCGCAGGUAUGCAUAUCUCCUUUAUCUUGUUCAUCGUAUUUGGCGGUGUCGAAUGGGCCUGGACAGAUGGGCGCAAUAUCGCGCUGUAUGUGGUCGCCGCUGUCUGCACCAUUGCCUUCGUGCUCAGCCAGUACUUCUGUGUGGGAACAGACAAAGAAAACCGAUUGUUCCCUGGCGAGUUCUUGAAGAACCCCACUAUGAUCCUCCUCUAUAUCAUUAUGGCUUGUGGCGGUGCCUCUCUCUUCGUGGCGGUUUACUAUAUCCCACUUUACUUCCAGUUUGUCCACGGCGACUCCGGCAUCAUGUCAGCGGUGCGGUUGCUGCCAUUCGUCUGCUUCUAUGUGGCUACGAUCCUGCUGUGUGGAUAUGUUAUGCCAAAGACAGGCUACUUUAUCCUCUGGUACCUGGUGAGCGGCGUCUUUAUGCUCAUUGGAGCCGUGUUGAUGUACACCGUGAAAUUUGAUACCGGCGCCGGCAACAUCUACGGGUACUCCAUCCUGUUGGGAAUAGGCAUGACCACCACACAGGCCGCCUACGCGGUGGGACCGACCAUUGUGGCCCCUGACCGUGUGGCCGAGUGCCUCCAGUUCAUGAACAUUGGCCAAGGCCAGAGUCAGCUGCUGGGAUUGGCCAUCGCAAGUGCGAUUUUCCAGACCAAGACACUCGACGGGCUCACUUCCUUGUUGGGGACCAAGGGAUAUUCGCAAGCGGAAAUUCAAGGUGCCGUUGCUGGCGCCCAGAGUACCCUGAUGGAGCGGCUUCCCCCGAAUUUGAAGGACCAAGCCCUGAAGGUGAUUGUGACUUCGAUCAGUGAUGUCUACGUUAUGGCGAUUGCGGCAGGGGCCCUCUACGUGGUCGCAUCCUGCCUUCUGCCUCGCCGUCGAUUCUAG